AUGCACAUCAAGCAAACGCUUCCCGAUAUCAAGGCCCGCAUUUCGUCCUCCCUUCAGAAGUAUACCUCGGAGCUUUCGCAGCUUGGCGAUUCCAUGCUCGGCAACCCCUCCAACAUUAUCCUGAACAUCAUCACCGAGUUCAGUAAUGAAUUCCGGACAGUCCUCGAGGGAAAGAACCAGGAACUCUCCAGUAUUGAGCUCUCAGGCGGUGCCCGGAUCAGCUUUGUGUUCCACGAGCUGUACUCGAAUGGUAUCAAGGCGGUCGACCCCUUCGACCACGUUAAGGACGGUGACAUCCGGGUGAUGCUUUACAACUCGUCCGGUCCGUCGCCAGCCCUGUUCGUGGGAACGGCCGCUUUCGAAAAUAUUGUGAAGCAACAAAUCAAGCGCCUGGAAGAGCCCAGCAUAAAGUGUAUCUCAUUGGUUUAUGAUGAGAUGGUUCGCAUUCUGGGCCAGCUGCUGAACAAGCAGCUCUUCCGCCGCUACCCCAUGUUGAAGGAGAAGUUCCACGCCGUGGUCGUUGCUUUCUUCAAGAAGUGCAUGGAGCCGACCAACAAGCUGGUUAAGGAUCUGAUCAACAUGGAGGCAUGCUACAUCAACACUGGCCACCCAGAUUUCCUCAACGGAAGCCGCGCGAUGGCCAUUGUGAAUGACCGCCACCACGCCGCCAAACCGACACAAGUCGACCCCAAGACCGGCAAGCCCCUGCCGGCUCGCGCCCAAAGCCCGUCCCUGGAUCCCACCGGGGAGAGUCCCAACGGUAGUGGGUUCUUCGGCAGCUUCUGGGCCUCGAAGAACAAGAAGAAGAUGGCAGCCAUGGAGGCUCCUCCCGCGACGCUGAAGGCCUCGGCCACGCUCUCCGAGCAGGAAGCGAUUGAGGUUGAGCUUCUCAUCACGUCGUACUUCAACAUCACCAAGCGCACGAUGAUUGAUAUGGUUCCCAAGGCGGUCAUGUAUACGCUGGUCCAGUAUGUUUUUCUGCUAUCAUCUGUUUCUCCGGUUACUAACCGAUUCUCUAGAUUUACCAAGGACGAGAUGCAACGCGAGCUGCUCCAAAACAUGUACACCAACACCGACAUGGAAGACCUGCUGAAGGAGAGUGACUACACCAUCCGCCGGCGGAAGGAAUGCCAGCAGAUGGUGGAGAGCCUGGGCCGCGCCAGCGAGAUUGUCUCCCAAGUCCAGUAA